GGAGACUGCCGGCAUACCAUCCCUAAAAAGCUACGAUAUGUCUUGCAAAGUCAUCUUCGUUUCCUCUCAUCCUACGUACCGCGCAGUGUCACUGACGCGAACAUGACGACGGUGACAUACCAUGCAAGUAACAGAGCUCGGUGUAGGAGCUGAGAUUGGUUGCUCAAUAAAAACCAUGUCUGCGGCACAGUCAACUUGCGCAAGCUUUCAAAGCCUCAUUAUCCCCCUCCACUCCCCCCUUCCAGAGCGCAUAAUUGCGUCUCUGUGUGUGGAGAAUUUUUUUAGGCGCCUGUGCAAUCGGAGUCUGGCACUCCAUGCUAUCAAUUAUGACUUUGGCUCAAAGCAGUCGGUUCAUGGCCUGCUCUGCCGCCGGUAUUACUGGACUAUACUCACAGCAGACUUGAAGCACACCAGACAUACGCCAGUGCCUCCGCGGAGAUACCGACCAGCCUUCCUCUCUCCUUCCUCCCCGCCAUUCCACAGCCAGCGACUUGAAUCGGCGGAUGAUCGUCCACUUGCUUGUGCCUGUUGUAGAUCUCUUUUGAAGUUCGGCAGAGUUGAGUCGGCAAAGUGGGCGUGGUAUGAAUGUACAGUACCAUACAGACUUCAUACAAGGGCACAAGAAGCAAGACAAGCAUUGCUGCCUUAUUUGCUUCCUCUACACCAAAUCUUCUUCCAAAGCUCCAGGGCCGAAAACCUUUCCUUGUCUGCCUUAGUUCUCCCCUCGCCGUCUCGUCACACGCGUACCCGCAGAUGUGUUCAAUCACGUGAGUCUCUACUGUCAAGGAUUAUGAGGACCUAAGCCUAUGAGAACAGCUUGUUUGAAGAGAAGGCGCACUUGGACAAUUUGAUGGACAUGGAAGCCCCGCGGCCGAGAGCAGCGUUGCGUUGUCUGGUGGUGGGUACCUUCAUUCCAGUGCCACUGAACCAGGAUGAGAACAAAGAAAAUGCUUCGCCAGGGGCUGGCUUUCCGGCGAAUAGAGAUAUGGAGGACAGGGUCCUGACUCGUAGUCAAGUAUUGUACAGCACUCGAGACUUUGUCCCUGUGACAACUAGCAGAUAUGGCGUUGUUUUUCUUUUCUUUUCUUUUUUUUUGUUCUUUGUCUGGUGCAGGUUACAAACGGUCUGGUAUUAUAAUCACUGUAGCAUCGGUGACACACUAACACAAGCGAUCUGAAAGGGAAUUUCUGCUGACUC